CUGCCACUCCACUCCCUCCUCCAGGAGCCCAGCGCCUGGUCCCCGAGGGCCUGAAGAUGAAGCCAUCAGAGAGCUCUAUCUUGUCCAGACCCCAAGUUGGGUAACGAUCAACGCACCAGCUGUGUAUUCGCAGCCACCUUCCCCUCUCUGAAGCCUCCGGAUCCUGAGGUGUUCGACUUCACCGCAACCGCUGCACGCCGAUGCCUUGGGGCACUCAGCCUUUGGAAUCACACUGUACGUACAAUAACGAUAACACCAUUGGAACUCGCCCAGGGUUACCCGGGCCGUGGGAGGAACGGAUCUGUAAGAUUACAAAGUUAAAGAGUGCUGCACACUUUGUUGAGGCCAAGCCACAACUGCAGUUAUUUCGGCAGAGGGCCCUGAUCGAAUCGGUCUGAAGAGCCCCGGCUAGUGGCUCUGACCUACUGAGGUAUGGAUGAAAGAAUACACACAAUACAGUAAUCCACAGGGAUUGCAGUCUUGAAGUAUCUCGAUCAAGAUCUCUUGGCUGCUUGGAGCUUAGUCGCUUCAGGGAAAGUUUGCCUGGCGGCGGGCAAACCUUUCCCACAAUGUACCACCAAAUACAACAGUGAGCGCGCACCAUGGCUCACUCUCUAUCGAAACUUCGGAUGCUAUCCGAGGACCUCGUCCUCCAACCCCUCGCUUCCCACCCAACAAGGCCCACGCCUGCUGCUCAGAGAUUUCACCAAAGACGCAUACUACGUCGAGCCUCGCCAGAACAUCAGCCGAAUGCCGCUCAUAGCUGCAGCUUACGCGGUAUAUUUGUGCACGGGCUGGCUCGCCACUCGCUUCCUGUAAGCAGAGUGCGGUAAGUAGAGGCAAGGAUCUCGACCUUGAAAUUACCCAAAGGGUUGCUUGUACGAGCAUUACAGGAACGUGUGGGCGAAACGCACUGUGAGGCUUAUUACUGUGCGCUCAGGAAAGGUACCCUACAUCUGCCAUUACUGUUCUGGCCUGGCGAUGACCACUGGACCAUGAUGACUGCCGCCUUCAAGAUACAAAUUUGGGAUGUGCAUCUCACAAACCCCUGCCGAGGCUCAGCUCUGGGGUGCAGUACCGUCCACUACUGGGCUUUUUUCGGUGAGCAGGGAUUUCAAGUGCCAGCCAGGAUAUCAGAUCGAGCCAGUGAAUUUGAAACCUCACGGGAUGGACUUUACAAUUACUGUUCUUGGACGAUAUCAUGCAGCUCGCCCGAAUUUGAUCAAAUCGAUCUUUCUUCUGUGGACUACUGCAGCCCGACCAGAGUAGCUUCGCGUCUACGCUGCAUAACGCCCACUUCAGACCUGGUGAAGAAUUCGAGUGACGUGGGCAUUGUAGCUGGGUAAGUUGUAGAUACUACGACAAGCUGCAGGAUGCGGAUCAGCCUGCUAACUCAUCUCGCUGAGCCCGCGCGAUUACCACUGGGUUGCAUACUCAUGCCUUGCAGGAUCAUGUUCCGGCCAUGUUGUUGUUUUCACACCCUAAUACUGUUGACUCGACUCCAGCUGGGUCAACGGAUGUGGCGCGCAGAGGCUCACCAGGCUAGUUGCGGCCCAGGCCUGGUCGCCGAAUAACGCCAUCAGGCGACUGUGGGUAGCAGCCAACGUACAACUAGAGCAGUAACCCGAUUCUGCUAUCCCCGGGUCUGGUCUUCGAGCUCUCGUCGACGUGAAGAAACAGAACGCGUUAGAUAGUACCUGGCACUUCCCGAUCCUGAAUGCCUGCAGGUUGGAGUUUUGCCUGCUUGGGUCACUCCCGAGCCAGCCACAACCCAGAAGUUGGUUAAGUUUUAUCAGAGUGCAUCGGAGGACGACCAGGAUGCUGUUAGGCGAAAAGCCAAAGACAGUAGUUGGUAUGAACUGGGAUUAUUUGGCCUGGGAUUACACACCACGGUACGGCCACAGCCUUCCGUGUAGCCAGCAAAGGAUGAUCCACCAGCCACAUCCGAAGAAAAUCAGGGAUUCAGAGGAUCGUCUAUACGGUUUCCCAAAAGGUGAUAUACGCGUCGAUUUAGCGAGCGAGCGUACCCUGGCGGCUGCAAUCGUCAUUAUUCCUUUGACAAAUGGCCUGGUUUGGCUGCGCGCUGAAGAAUCCGACCAUCUUCCGCUGAAGAUUGCGCCCCUAUUCUCCGUCCGUGCCAGCUGGCAAUUUACCCACGGCGACCUAUCCUUCAGCAAGGACCAAACGGUGCUCCCUGAAACUGGCAGGUGCUGUCGGUCCUCGAACUUUGCCAAAUUCAUGUGGCAGGGGGGUCGAAAACGGGCACAGUGGCAUCUGGCCUUGCCUUUGCCGGCGCAGGCACAAACAGUUCGACCUCCACUUGUCCCAGGGCUCCAUAUUGGGACCACCAAGAGGGCCCACCCCAGUUAGCCCGAGGCCAGUUCGAACGGUCCCUGGCCCUAGGCCAGUAGUAUCAUUGGACGUUUCCUGUAUCAACGCGGUUGGUGGAGGUAGCCUGGACGGUAGUGGAUGCUUACGCCACCCUCGAUAUCAUCCGAAGCGACUCGGCUUACUCGAACAUCCAGGUUCAGCAAUGCGAGGGUAAGCCGGCCAACGCAUACAUUUUUCACCAGUUCUGUACGUGUUACAUCCACCCUGCCUGCAGCGAUUACUGCUUCCAGUCGUGGUGCUGGAGGGGAGAUAUUGAAUCAGGCAUAGCUGCCGACAUCGAUUUUGUCAUGCGGCCAUCAUCUUGCGUCGCGAUCGGUUGACCGAGACGACAUGAAAGGCUCCAUACUGGACGCAUGGACUUCUUUUCGCGUUUCUGUUUUGUCUUUUGCCAGGCCACUUGCUACUGUCAGUGCUCUGUCAACCUCGUCCAACUCUCCCUGUGCCUGCAGUAGCAGUACUCCUGCAGCUGGACAAAGCGUUCCCCCACAGACAUCUGGUGAUUGGCAGACAGGCGUCUUCGCGGUCAAAGGACAGACGUGACUCGAUCGGACCCGCCACUAUCGCAAGUGAAUAUCUAUCUCAGACUCUGCCCUUCGCAACCAGACUGCUAUCCUUCAUCUCAAAGCACUCUUCGAAUCUCGACACAGCAACAGAGUUCACAUUUGGACAAUGGAACAUUACAACCAGACUGCCACCCGGCCUUAUCCUUCUCACAACGCCCCAGUUCCUUCACAGGCAAGGCUGGAUCCUACGCAACAGGACCAGCAACUUCCAUCUAUUCGUGAGGUCAUUCCUCCUCCACGCAACGAGAGCAUGGAAUCAAAUGUGCAAGAGCUGCCUUCAAAUGGCAGACCAAUGAUGGUGCCAUACCUUAGCUCCCAACAUACCACGAGUAUGGGCGUCGCCUCUGUUCCGGCUCCCGUGCAGCCCCAGUCUAGCCCAAUGGCAUACCCUGCGGAUGGGACAAAUCAAAUGCAGAUGAAUGGGCUCGCUCAGGCCCAGCAACUGCAAACGCCGGCCAGGACCCCGGCUGAAUAUAGCUCGCCAUGGUCUUCCUCAUCCACCUAUACUGAGGCUCCCGUGCCCAUGAACACCACACCUGCGCUUCCAAGCCAGCCCCAGCCAUAUGCUGCCAUGAGCCAGCCAAUGAUCCCAUCAGACACACAAGAAAGUGUCUACUCUUCGACAUAUUCCAUGCGAGCUGCGAAUGAAAGCCCCGAUUCCUACUCUCGGUGGCGGACGCCUCAAGUCAGCACUGCUCCCCGUUAUAACCCGUAUAUCAUGUCUGAGCGGUCCUACAACCAGCCCAUGGACUAUGGGCGGUAUGGCCAGCCAUUCGACCAAUACCGAACUCCUAUGGGCUACGAUGCUGGCUACCGGUCGUUGGACUCUUCUCCAUACCACAUGAAAUACAGCCAGCUGUUGUCCUACCCGAUCAUGGGAUACCCUGCCCAUGCCAAUGGCAGACGGCGGCGAGGUAACCUCCCCAAACCCAUCACGGACAUUCUUCGACGAUGGCUGCAAGAUCAUCUUGAUCACCCCUACCCGAGCGAUGAACAGAAGCAAAUAUUUAUCCAACGCACUGGUUUGACCAUCAGUCAGAUCAGCAACUGGUUCAUCAACGCUCGUCGGCGGCAGCUUCCUGCUCUCAAGCUGAAAAGGGCGAAGGCCAUUCAAAGCCGGGCAUGAAUGAGUUGCAGUUUUGAUUACUUUUUGUUUCUAUGUGGCGUCUGACCGACCGUGAUGGUCACCGUGUGGGUUGAAGGGCAAGGCAUGCUGGACGACGAUUCGAGAUUUUUCAUGAUGGCAAUGGUUUUAUGAUGGAUGCAUAUUUUACAGGCUACAAUGUACAGAAAUACCCCACAAAGGAUACGGUGUUGGACCACCCCAGUGUAUAUGCCAGAAUACAGUCAAAGGUCUACAGGACAGACAUGCUAUGAGGAGGAGGAGGAGUCUGGAAGACGACGGAUGGAAAAGACUUGUACAAUUAGAUACUAUGAUAUGAUCGAGAACCGGUUUUCGAUUCCUUUGGUAUAUAGGCGGGUUACAGAGAAUCUAUGAUGACCUCUACCAGAACCAUGGCAUAGAAUUCCCUUGACUCUACUGUGAUAUUGACGAACUUGAAGAACA